AUCCGGGUUCCCUUCAGAGGGGGAAUCAUAGACCACAAGGGCCAUCGAGUCCAACCCCCUGAAUCUUGUAACUUAAAGAAAACGUGCCUCUUUUAGGCCUCAAAAAUGAUUCCUCUCGUUAGAGACUGCUCGCCCGUCUACGUAAUGCAAGAGACGUUUCUUUUGGUAAACAAAACUGUGUUCUGAGCCCGCAAAUACGGUACAGGAAAUGACGUCGUUUCCGCAGGGUCAACCUCCGACCCCCUUUCUCCUGAUAUAGAGACACAUCAUCUCCAUUAUCGCCACAAAGGUGGAAACCUUGGCGGGCGCGAGAGAAAGGCGGCCGGAAGUCGGCGUUGAGUCAAUGGCGCCACUUCCGGCGCCCUAUUUGUGCGUUUCCGGCCCCAGGAGCCUCUUCUCUCAGACGCCAUGGCGGCUCCGGAGCUGCGCCUGGACGGCUCCAUCCGCUUCUGGGUUCUGCUGCCCGUGGCUUGGAUCGCGCUCGCCAUAGGGGUUCUGCGCCUGCGCAUAGCGGGCCUGCUGCGCGGCGAGCGCGCGCUGGGCUGGCUCGAGCAACGGCAGGACACGUGAGCGGCGGGGGCGGGGCUGCGGGAGGCCACGCCCACAUGCCGGGCCCCUGAAGGUGGAGUCAGGGAAGAGGACGCGAAAGGGACGCCUUCCUGUUUCCCGGGACGGGGGUUUCUGGGCGCGCGCGCGUCUUCGCAAGCUUUUAAGUUUCACAGAAGUCUGAGCUACGCUAAGGUUACCAGAUUUCUUUCAACGAAUCUGGACACUUUUCAACUAAAUAGGUGGAUUUUACCAGGGGAGUGAUUUGUAAGUCCGGGGACUGUGCCCGGAAUCGGGACGUCUGGUAACCUUAAGCUACACAUGACCAAGAGUCCUGUGACACUUUGCAGCCUGCAUGUUUGUUUUCUUUAUGUAUUGGUCAGUUUAAAAUAGUGUUUCUGCUACAAUCAAGUGUAACAGCACCUUGCUGACAAUCCAGAAAAAUAUGCACACUUGGAAUAAAAAAGCACAAACCACCAUAAUAAAUGACAACCUUCCACAUGCCAUCUUCCUCCAAUAAUAGAAUCAUAGAAUUGUAGAGUUGGAAGGGACAUCAAGGGUCAUCUAGUCCAGCCCCCUGCAGUGCAGGAAUCCUGCCCACAACUGCCCCUUCCAGUUAACACCCAGACACCCUGACCCGUUGUGCUGCUGGGCUGGCCGUGUCUCGUAGCCACAAGGGCUACGUUCUCCUUCCAUUGUCAGAGGCGUCACACUUCUGAAUACCACUUGCUGGGAAUCGCAGGCAGCGGCAGAGCAUAUGCCCAUGCUGGGCUGGCACGCUCCCGGGGGGGGCGUGGUGUGGCGGGUGCCCUUCUGGGCAUGGGAUAGCCACUCAGGUGCAUGGAGUUGCACACGCGCCUUGCAGCCUGGGGCGGAGCGAGCCGCCGAUGGCGGACAUUGGGCGCACUGCCCACCCACAACUGCCAAAUGUCCCCUCCCUCAGUGAGGACACCCAGGACGGUUCGCCCCCACCGCACCCCCCUUCCUCCACCCCGAUCACAGGUGGACAGAGUACUGUGUGUUCAUGUCCAGCUCGCAGGCAUAGAAUCAUAGAAUCAUAGAGUUGGAAGAGACCACAAGGGCCAUCGAGUCCAACCCCCUGCCAAGCAGGAAACACCAUCAGAGCACUCCUGACAUAUGGUUGUCAAGCCUCUGCUUAAAGACCUCCAAAGAAGGAGACUCCACCACACUCCUUGGCAGCAAAUUCCACUGUCGAACAGCUCUUACUGUCAGGAAGUUCUUCCUAAUGUUUAGGUGGAAUCUUCUUUCUUGUAGUUUGGAUCCAUUGCUCCGUGUCCGCUUCUCUGGAGCAGCAGAAAACAACCUUUCUCCCUCCUCUAUGUGACAUCCUUUUAUAUAUUUGAACAUGGCUAUCAUAUCACCCCUUAACCUCCUCUUCUCCAGGCUAAACAUGCCCAGCUCCCUUAGCCGUUCCUCAUAAGGCAUCGUUUCCAGGCCUUUGACCAUUUUGGUUGCCCUCCUCUGGACACGUUCCAGUUUGUCAGUGUCCUUCUUGAACUGUGGUGCUCAGAACUGGACACAGUACUCCAGGUGAGGUCUGACCAGAGCAGAAUACAGUGGCACUAUUACUUCCCUUGAUCUAGAUGCUAUACUCCUAUUGAUGCAGCCCAGAAUUGCAUUGGCUUUUUUAGCUGCCACGUCACACUGUUGGCUCAUGUCAAGCUUGUGGUCAUCCAAGACUCCUAGAUCCUUUUUGCAUGUACUGCUCUCAAGCCAGGUGUCCCCCAUCUUGUAUUUGUGCCUCUCAUUUUUUUUGCCCAAGUGCAAUACUUUACAUUUCUCCCUGUUAAAAUUCAUCUUGUUUGUUUUGGCCCAGUUCUCUAAUCUGUCAAGGUCGUUUUGAAGUGUGAUCCUGUCCUCUGGGGUGUUAGCCACCCCUCCCAGUUUGGUGUCAUCUGCAAAUUUGAUCAGGAUGCCCUUGAGUCCAUCAUCCAAGUCGUUGAUAAAGAUGUUGAAUAAGACUGGGCCCAAGACAGAACCCUGUGGCACCCCACUAGUCACUCUUCUCCAGGAUGAAGAGGAACCAUUGAUGAGCACCCUUUGGGUUUGGUCAGUCAGCCAGUUACAAAUCCACUGAGUGGUAGCAUAGUCAAGACCGCAUUUUACCAGCUUCUUUACAAGAAUAUCAUGGGGCAACUUGUCAAAUGCCUUGCUGAAAUCAAGGUAGGCUACAUCCACUGCGUUCCCUUCAUCUACCAGGCUUGUAAUUCUGUCAAAAAAUGAGAUCAGGUUAGUCUGACAUGACUUAUUUUUCAGAAAUCCAUGCUGACUAUUGGUGAUCACAGCAUUCCUUUCUAGGUGCUCACAGACUGUUUGCUUAAUGAUCUGCUCCAGAAUCUUCCCUGGUAUUGAUGGCUUCCAGAAGGUUGUGAGAACAAGGUGCCAAAUAAUGAAAAAGCACAGCUGCUUAAAAUAUUGAAACCCUGCCUCCCUCCAAAAGCAAUCUGGAGCAGGGAUGCUUUAACCCAGGGGUUGGCAAGGUUUACCUUGCCUGGUCUGGUUCACUCCAUCAGAGAUCCCUCUGCGGGCCGAAUUGCGUGCACGUGUGAGUGCGUGCACCCACAAUUUCCAGCAUCUGCGUUUGUGCAGAAGUGAUUUCUGGCACCGUGGACGUAAGUCCCUGCACCGCGCUGCGCUGAUUUAGCGCAGCGUGGGGACUCGCCAAGCGGGUGGCUUGGUUCGGGGCGGCUUGUGGGCCGGUUGAAUGACCCCCUUGUGCCGCUUGUGGCCCAUGGGCCUUAGGUUUUCUGACGAAGAGGAAAGAGGCCGCUAGACAGGCUUUGUUGUGGAGGUGUUCCAGGACUGCUGCAAAUACCUGCUGGCCACUAACCCCCAAGGAGAAGCAGAUGGUGUAGAAUGGAACAGGGAAAGGGAAAUUAAUACUAUAUCUCUCAUUUGUGCAUGUCUCCACUCCAUCUGACUAUAUGCUACUACUACUAUAUCCUUAAGGGACGCGGGUGGCACUGUGGUCUAAACCACAGAGCCUAGGGCUUGCCGAUCGGAAGGUCGUCAGUUCGAAUCCCUGCGAUGGGGUGAGCUCCUGUUGUUCGGUCCUAGCUCCUGCCCAUCUAGCAGUUCAAAAGCAUGUCAAGUGCAAGUAGAUAAAUAGGUACCGCUCCAGCGGGAAGGUAAACUGCGUUUCCGUGCACUGCUCUGGUUUGCCAGAAGCGGCUUAGUCAUGCUGGCCACAUGACCUGGAAAAACUGUCUGCAGACAAACGCCAGCUCCCUCGGCUAGUAAAGCGAAAUGAGCACCGCAACCCCAGAGUCGUCUGCAACUGGACCUAAUGGUCAGGGGUACCUUUACUUUUACUAUAUCCUUGAAUGAUAAAACGUAACUUAAGUAAAAUAAUGUUGGUACCUAGGAUUGUCAAAUGAAUAUGCUCUGUCUAACCGCCUCGACGACUUUGACAGGUCCUCAGUGCCACCUUCUGGGUCUGCAAAGAACCACAUGAAUCCAUAAACUAAAACACUCUUUAUUGAAUGGGUCAUUCAUAAAAAGCAGAUACACCAUUCAGAAAUGUCAAUAGCCCAUUCACAAAUCCUUCCUUUCCCCUUGAACAAUAGCUGUCAAUUGUUAACGGCAGGAUCUGGGAACCCCCAAUCUUUAUCAAUAACCUCAGAAUCCUUUUGCCCGCCAAGCAUUACCCCCAGCGUCACCGUCCCUGCAAUCAUAAACAAAAGAGUGAUCCUUAGCACCAGGGUGGGCAGUAUGGGACUCUCAAACACUCAGCCAUCUACAUAUGUGCUCAUGCUUUUGUACUAUCACCAAAACGUCAACAUUCUAGCAAGCUGCUUUUGUCUAACAAACACUUACCUGUAAUCUCCCCAAUAUGUGUUUUUCCUUCCUCCUCGCAUAUCCCGAGGCGUGGGAACCAGCGACUCCAUUUGAAAUGAAACUGUAUAUAAGUAUAUAUAGCCAGGCUCUACAUUACAGCCGUAGGAGGGAGGCAGGAGGCAGUGGAAGACAGGAGUGCCUGGCGUGCUCUGGUUCAUGGGGUCGCAAAGAGUUAGACACAACUAAACAACUGAACAACAACAACAGCAACACAUUACAACCGCAUCUGUUCGAACUCUACAGACAGGGAUUCUUACCUAAGAGAUCUAUAGCAAACCUUUUUGGAACUAAAAUAUCUGUCCGAUGAAGUUAAACAACAGAUCAACAAAGCCAGACUGAUACCCAGAGAGAACUUGCUGCAAGACAGACCCAAAAAAUAACAGAACACCACUAGUAAUCACAUACAGCCCCCAAGUUAAAACAGUUCAGCACAUCAUCAGAUAUUUACAACCUCUCCUAAACAACGACAGUUCACUUUCUCAAGCUCUGGGAGGAAGACCUUUCAUCACCUACAGACAGCCACCCAAUCUUAAACAACUCCUCACCCACAAUAAUACAACAACCAGACUUAACAUGGACCAGAGACUGCAGUAAACCCAGAUGCCAACUUUGCUGCCACAUACACCCAGACAACACCAUUACUGGCCCCAACAACAUCAAACAUACCAUCUCAGGCCUAUUUAAUUGCUCAUCUUCUAACAUUGUGUAUGCCAUCAAAUGCCAGCAGUGCCCUUCAGCUCUCUAUAUUGGACAAACAGGCCAAACCCUACGCCAAAGGAUAAAUGGACAUAAAUCUGACAUCAGGAAUCACAAGACAGAGAAACCAGUAGGACAUUCAAUACGAGAUCUCAAAGCAGCUGUCUUAUUCCAAAAGAAUUUCAGAAAUAGACUUGAAACCAAACUGAAAACUAUGGGGAGCCCUGGUCUGAAUAGAGAUAUUGGAUUCUUAUCUCAUUGCACAUGCUAAAGCUAUUUUUGGUCAUCUGCAUACUAUUCCUUGCUUUUUCCUGUAGGACUAAUUGCAGUCGUUAACAGUCGUCAACAGGUUUACCAUACAUAUUGAGCCAAUCACCCAUCUCUACUACCCUUCUGAGAAAAACCCCACCCCACCCUCCCACUAUAUAUAAGGGUCUGGUGACUUUUGCUUAUACCAGAACAAACUUACGGUAGUUGGUCUAAGUUUGGACAAUUUUAAAAAAUUAUUAUUUUUGUAUAUAAGUGUGUUUUGCCCUUUUGUUCAGGGUUUCUCCUCCAUCCUGCAUGUGUGAGUGAGGACCCUGUUGCAACAGUCUGUUUUCUUGACAAUAAAGAUCAGGCUUACUUGCCACCUUGCUUCAGCAUAUCUCAGGUUGGUCUCUGUUCAUUCUCCAACUGAGAGACCUCUAUACAGACUUCUUGCGUACCUCCUACAGGGAAAGAAGCAGGUUUUUAAUAUUUCUUGAUCACAGAUGAUACAGUGUUAUAAGAAAGAAAAAACCCCUGCUCUUUUCCCCUUAUGCAGUAUCCAAGAGCCCAUAUAGAGUCCUUAAGUAGGUUCCCUAUCGGUAGGAGAAAAUAAUGGAGGCCAACCAGAGUAUAUUGAGAAGCAAAUCGGCUAGUAAGUCUGAUCUUUAUUGCAAUAGAAAAGUACUGUUGCAACAGGUCCCCACUCCCCACACACAGGAGGGAGGAGAGAACCCAAAACAAUGGUGCACAAGUCCUUAUAUAGACUUUUGAAAGUACCCCCCCCCCCCAAGGAGGCUGUCUGCAGCAGUGGAGGUGGUCUACAGCAGAAAUCCUGUUUGCCAGGAUACUUGAUGAUUGCAUUACCUGGGCAGCCUGGCCAUUCUUUUGUGAUGGUAAAUACUUUAGUUUCUGAAUCCAGGUCACAGGCUCACCCUAUUCAUACACAAAUAUGCCCUUAAGACAGGAUUUGUAAGCAAAAAGACAAUGGGAAGGCUUUCCCCAUUUUCCUCCCAUACUGCAGAGGAAUAUUUGAGGUCACUGGGAGUCUCAAAAUGGCUUCAGGAUUGCUCUCCUGUACUAUUACAGACAUGUGGUUUCUAAUGUAUGUGUUUGCCUUGUACAUUUAUGAACAUUUAUUUUAUUUUUGAGACCUUAGAAUUCUUAUAACAACAGUAUGGCCUCAGAGGAUGGAUGCCAGGAGCAUGGAGCCCUGGACCAGCACAUUUAAGGCUUUAAAAACCAAAAUCCUCCAUUGAAAACAGUUUUCUUCCUUGCAGUAUUUAACUUUAACCGUAAGGAGAGCUGGUGUGAUGCAGUGGGUCGAGUGUCGGACUAGGACCUGGGAGAACCAGGGCUCAAAUCCUGGCUCAGCCAUGAAGCUCAUUGGGUGACCUUGGGCCAGGCACUGCCUCUCAGCCUGACCUACCUCACAGGGUUGUUGUAGGGAUUAAAUGAGGGGAACGGAACCAUGGAGCUCCUUGGAGAACAGGAGGGAUAGGAAUGCAAUAAAUGAAUACAAUUUCUCAACGUGGUUCACAAUAUUGAAAUCAGAUGCAUAGAUGACAGGUCCUGUGAAAUGUGUCCAAAUCAUACUGUGUUCUUAAGUGUGGAAUUCUAGAAUUGCACAACUGCUUUGUUCGCACCCCUGAACAUAUUGCUCCAAGCAGCUGUUUGUAUGUAGUCAUGUAGAUUGCAUGAGUAGAUGUGAGCGGGCCAGUCUUUUACUGCCGCAUUUGGUUUGAUGAUCUGAUCCCAUUACUUUUGUUUGCAAAUUAUGUUGGACCUACAGCUGAGUUGAGUGUUCUUUGUCUGUCAGGCAGAUUCUGGCUCGUAGUCGCCUCCUGAGAGAAAAUGGACGCUUCCUAACUCAUCAGGUAAGGGCGAGUGUGGGUGCAGCUGCUUCUGAAAAGCCACUUGCCUCCUUGCAUAGAGAGAGGCCUCAAGGGACAGGCCUCAGCAAGGGUACAAAAAGCUAGGAAAUUUCAUGGUCCACACACAACCUCCUUUGGCUUGUGACCCAAAUGUGAUCUAUUCCCCACAGUGGUUCUGGAUUAAUACUGGAACUACUUGAUUGAUGCAAGUCAGAGGGGUUUUUGUUUUACUUAGGCUGCUGGCCUAAAAAGAAUUGAUAUGAGGGUUUGAAUAGCAGAAGUGAAACUUUAUUCCCCUCUCUGAAUUUCCUUUGUAAUUCUGUCUUAUCAUUCUUGAAAAGGAGGGGAAGAGCACAAGGGAGCUUCUUUGGGGAGGGGUUGGGAGCAUCCCUGCCAUGUGGCUAUUCUCAAGAAUGCCUGUAUCAUUGCUUGAGACCAUAACUAUAACAAAUGGGGUUUUUUAAAUACAUCUUUGCAAUGUAAAUAUAUUGAAGGGCAGGCCUUUGAACGUCUCCUGCCUUCACCCAUCCUGCUCCAAAGCCGGGAAUGGCACCCUCAAAAAGGCAGGUGACCAAGACUUCGCACCUGUGUGCUUUUACCUGGAAGGAAGCCCCACUGAAGAUUUAACUUAUUUAUUUAACUUCCGAGCACAUAUGCAUAGCAUUAACAUAAGAAACUGGAUGCCCUGGUUCAAAUCUUUCCUCUUCCAUGAAUUUAGUAUGUGACAUGAGGCAAUUCUAAGGUCCUAUCAGGGAACCUGUAGAUGCUGCCGCCACUGCCCUCCCAGCUCCCUUGGGUCCUAGCAGUCAGGGAUGAGAGGAGUUAGUCCAGCAUUGGAGGCCACAGGUUCCUUUUCCCUGGUUGAAGAUGUAAGGCGGUCAAAGAUAAUGCAUAUGAAGCCCUUCAAACCAUCUCAAAUGCAAUGAUAAUCUUCCUUGUUGAAAACACCUUCAGAUCAUCUGGAUUUCUGAGGCCCUUCCUCUUUCCCCAGGGCUUCCUCAUGCGUAAGCAUCACUUCAAUAACCCUGAAAGUGGCUUCUUCCGCCAAACAAAGCGUAAAGUGCAGCCCAGAAACCUGCUGACAGGUAACCAUGGGAACGGGCAUGGGAGUACAAGGGGCAGUGGAAGGGUUCUGCUGUCUCAUCCCCCCCCCCUCGUCCCGCUUGCUCAAUCAGUGCUGCUGUCCAACCGUGGGACUGCUGCCUGGAAGCAGUGUUAGACUUGAUGGGGCCCAAUAAGCUGAAGCUGAUAAGGUGGAGGUCCUGUGAGUGGGUUCCUUCUGUGUCCCGCCUUCUUCUUGGAGUGGUGGGACUCCCCUUGAAGGAGCAGCUUUGUACUGUGGGAAUACUCUGGGAUUCCAACUUGCCACAGGAGUCUCGGGGGGCUUCUGUGACUAUGUGCCUUCAGCCCAGCUUUGGGCAACCUGCCAGCCACAGCCUCUCCUGGGCCAUGAUAGCCUCACCUCAGCGGACUGCCCAUCUGGACUACCAUAACAGCCUAUGUGUGAGACGGCCCUUGAAGGCGGCCCAGAGGCUGCAGCUAGUGCAGAAUGCUAGGCUGGUAAGUGGGGGCACCAUGCGGCACUGGUUCUGAAGGUGCUCCUGCACUGGACCCAAUUCAAGGUGUUAGCACUAGCGUAAAAAGCCCUAAAUGGCUCGGGGACCAAGCACUUUGUUCUCCAGUAUAAACCACCUUGGACCCUACAAUUGGCAGGUGAGGCUUUGGCGGCAGCAGUGGAAUAAGGGGGGGAGAUGAGCUGCCAACCAUGAGGGGGCCUGGUUCUGUGUGUCCUGGGGCUGGUGCCUGUGGACAGAACCUGAUUUGCCCUCCAGAGUCACCAGCUCAAUUUAACAGACAUUGGCUGCCUCGGGAUAUCAAACCAACAAACAAACCAGUUUUUUAAGGCAGGGCUGUGAGCGCUCUGUGCUCAAGUUUAUUCUGGACCAACGUGGUGCAAAAUCUGCAAGAAAAUGAGCGGUUGGAUUCUGUGGUCUGUAUAUAAAUUAUGCUAUUUAAGCACCCUUCCCUUAUUUUGUACAUUUUGUUUGAGUAGACCCCUGCUUGUGUUUGAGAUUUCUGCAGCUAUCAUACGUCCCCACACGCCCACAAACCCCAAGGAGCUAGAACUUGCUUUUGUUUUUGUUUUUGUAAGAUGCUGAUAUUCACAUAAAACCAAAUUUUGUUCCUGGCACUUCCUUCUUUGGUUUCCAUGUGUCCUUGUGGAAUCCCAGGCUGCACAGUACCCUGUUUGACACACACCUCUCUCUCUCUUGCAGAUCCCAGCCUGGUUAUGGAGAUGAUGAAGGGCAACUUGGUCCAUGUCCUGCCCAUGAUCCUAGUUGGAGGCUGGAUCAAUUGGGCCUUCUCUGGCUUUGUGGCCAGUGAGUGAUGCGGGGAUUUAACACAGGCCUGGAAGCUGCCCUCGUGCCCUCGUGGAGACCCAUUCCUUGUGCAGCAGAGGAUGAAGGGAAACAGUGGCCCUCUAGCUGGUUGCUGGACUACAAUUCCCAUCAUCCCUCACAGUUGGCCAUGCUGGCUAGGAUUGAUGGGAGUUGGGAGUGUCAGGAGCUCGUCCUACACUCGAGUAGGACCCUAGCAGAGACACAUGCCCAACUGGCAUGUUCCCUCCCUCCUGGUCAAUCGUUUGGGAGCUUCAAAAGCUUUCUUCAGCCCGAACAUCACAGUGACUGAUGCCAACAGACACUGGCACACUUAGGGAUCUGCAGAGUCUUCACAGCUUGCAACUCAGCACUUUGGCUAAUCUACUUUAUUUACAUAUAAACACAGACAGAGCACUACAACAUGGCUCCCCCUCUCUCUAGCAUCAGACAGCAAAGAGAAAAAGAACAAAGGACAAUAGUCCCACUUCAUGGAACACAGUAACACAAACAUCCUGUCUCCGUCACUUCCCACUCUGUGCAGUCAAAACAUACACCGUCAUGUGAUAGACAAAAAUCCCAUGACUGCAAUCUUGGAGCAGGAAUUCUAACAGGGAGCCCAAUAGCCCCUGCAGGGCAACAGAGGGCCCCUCCCCCUGGUGGACAAUUUUAGUAUUGCUGUAUGUGCUAUUUGAUUACAGUGGUACCUCAGUUUAAGAACAGUCCGGUUUAACAAUGAUUUGGUUUACAAACUCCGCAAAACCGGAAAUAGUGUCUUGGUUUGAGAACUUUACCUUGGUUUAAGAAUGGAAUCUGAACGGUGGAAGGGCACCGGCGGAGGGAGGCCUCAUUAGGGAAAGUGCACCUUGUUUUAAGAACAGUUUCAGUUUAAGAAUGCUGGAUUAUUUUGAUUGUUGUUAGCCGCCCUGAGCCCAGCUUCGGCUGGGGAGGGCGGGAUAUAAAUAAAAUUUAUUAUUAUUAUUAUUAUUAUUAUUAUUAUUAUUAGAACAGACUUCCGGAACGGAUUAAGUUUGUAAACCUAGGUACCACUGUAUUUUGUUUCUAAAUCUGCUGCUGUUUUGUUUUUGUUUUGCUAGGAAGAGCAGUAUAGAAAUAUUUUAAAAUAACAAUAUUUAAAGAGAUCAUUUAAGGCAGGCAUUGGCAACCUCCAGCCCUCCAGAUGUUUGGAACUACAAUUCCCACCAUCCCUAGCUAACAGGACCAGUGGUCAGGGAUGAUGGGAACUGUAGUCCCAAACAUCUGGAGGGCCGGAGUUUGCCUAUGCCGCCAAGAUGCACUCUUCCAGCAUCCGGUGUGUUUCAUAGCCUUUGGCUCAGCUUGCCUGUAAAGCAGACCACCACCCCUAGUCAUCCUUUUAUUCCAGACCAGAGAGCUUGGGCUGAGGGCAGGUUGCGUCUAGCUAAAUUAGGUGUAGUUAUGAAUCAGGAAGGCCCCCAUCCAAAUCUGCCCUCUGCCCUAAACUCUUAGGAAAGUUAUCACCCCUCUCAACCUCUUUCCCUUCCUGCCACCCACCCAGCCCAGUAAUUUACUGGGAUUCUGUGACCUGCAUGAGAAGAUUUGGUAAGAAGGGAUUGUAGGCCCCUUAAGUUGCUCCUUUGCUUGCAAGGGGGGGGCUUUAGCUUGGGAUCUGAGCUGAUGGGGGGUGGCACUAUGCGCAAGACAGCUGGGAGCUGUAAAUCACUGAGGAGGAGGGUGGCUGCGGGGCAGCAGCCCUAGAGCUUGGGGUAGGCGGGUCCAGCUCUAACACCUCUCCCUCCCAACCUCCCUCCCUCCCAGCCAAGGUUCCCUUCCCCCUGACCCUGCGGUUCAAGCCCAUGCUGCAGCGUGGAAUUAGCUUGCCUUCCUUGGACCCCUCUUGGUAAGCACCUGCCUGCCCCCAGGCCCAGCCAGCCCUUCCAUGGGUUUGGGGUGGGGAUGGCUUCUGGCCUGGGUUCCCACCCUGGGGGACUGGGGGCCAGGAAGGCUCCCUGAGAUAGUCACUGAGAGAUGUUUUCACUUCCCAGGGUGAGUUCGGCCUCCUGGUACUUCCUCAACGUUUUUGGCCUCCGCCGAGUGUACAGCCUCAUCCUGGGAGAGGAGACUGGUGAGAGGCAGCUUGGGGACAGGGAGUGUUGGGUUUAAAGGUGGGGUUGGUGUCUUACGUGGGAUGUACCUCUUCAGAUUGCAACGUGGAGGGUGGACGUUUGAGUGCUUAUUGCGGCACGAGCUUUCAUGAACUAGAGACUACUUUGACGGCUGCAUGAAGUGGUCUGAUACUUUGGGGAACCAGUUUGAAACCAUUGGGGGCAGCGCCCAACCUCUCAGGGUUGUAGCGGUCACAUGUUGGAACUUGCUCUGUACAGCCACUCACUCCUCCAUUUGGACUACUCUUUGAAACUCCACUAUUGCUCUAUAGGUCAAUGCAGAGGAACAAGUGUCAAAAAAACCCCAUUUCUGCUGAGAGUUUACACCUAAUCAAAGGCAGCCAGACUGUUAGUAGCUGACGGUUAUCCCUUGCCUUGUUGUCAACUUGCAAUGUUUACAUGCCUCCCUCACAAGCUUCCCUGACGUUCUCUCCACAGCUGCAGAGCAGAACCAGCUGCUCCUGCAGGACCAGUUCCUCAGCCCAGCUGUCCCCACCCCACCUGAUCCCAACAAGGCUUUCAAGGUACUGCCCUAGUUUGUUUCAAUGGUUUCACUUAGGUGAGACCACGUAGCUGAUAAGAUUAAAUGCAGUCCAUUUGAUGCAAGACUAAUAGGCUGGAUGGCAUCUUAUCUGCAGGGCGACAGCUGUGCCACUCCAGCUGCUGUGCAUGCACAGGGUCUCUGCUGUGCCACAGUGAGACUUGUGGGCGUAGGCAGCCCCACAUAUCCCAAGAGCUGGUGCUGUGGCCCAAUAUGUGCGCUAGACAAUAUCUUUUUAAAGAAAUGACAGGAGGGGGGCUCAACAUAUGGUUGGACUUGCAACUCCCAUCAGGCCCCAGACAGCACGGCAGUUGGUCAGAGGUGAUGUGAGCCAGUUUCCCCUCCUACCUUAAAUCAUUGCCAUGGCCUCCUUGGGUGGUCUUAGGAGAACCCUCUCAGCUAUCCUCCCCCCCACCCCCAACAAGGAGACAGUGCUGACCUUUCCUAUGGGAUCAUUGUAAAACUGUAUUGUGAGUGAGCAUCAGAACACUUUGGAAGUUAAGGGCCAUACAAACACCUCGGGAACAGUCAGUGCUGCUCAUUUUGAAGCUUAGAGCUUUGUGCUUGCCAGGGCUGUCACCUAGCAAACAUCUCUGAUGGCACUGGUGUUUGCACACACAGCCACACACAUCCUGUUCAGCACAAUAAUUUCUGUUUGUGCAAUGGGACUUCCUUCUUCCCCCCCAAAAAAAAGUAUCCCAGAGGGCUGGGGGAACCAUAUGGACCAGAUUUAAGGGGCACAUGGGAGAACAUUCCGUUGCACAACUAGAAGUCCUUACGCUGACGGAACGAUGGUCUUGGUGCUGCUGGAUCCCACCCUUCGAUUGCAGCUUGAUGCAGAGCUUGUAUGUGAGAGUUUCUGCAGCGAUACGCUGCUCAAGGCUGACAGACUCUUUUUCUCCAUCCAGGCCGAGUGGGAAGCUUUGGAGUUGGUUUCUCACCACUGGGCUCUGCAGGAUGUGGAAGAGCAGUUGAUGUCACAGGACCUCAAGCUGGCAGGGCUGCCUGGGCCCGACUGAUCCCAUCCUGUGACUGCUGCAGGCUACUUCUGUCCUAUGGGACAAAUGUGUGUGCAAGAGACCCUUUCACCUCCUUGGGAGGUGGAAGAGGCUGACCCUCCCUGCAUAAUCAGUGUGGAACGGCUUUUCAUCUUAGAAGCAGGAAGGUUGCAGAAGAGAGCUUGAAGUCUGUAGCAUGACCCACCCCCCAUCAGUCAGUCUGAGCAGUGGGCAAAUAGCCUCUGUGGAACUGGCUCUGGGUGCCUGAAGUCUUGCAGGUGUAGCUGGAGCCAGCAAGUUAAUGUCAAAAAGCUCCUUUUCUUGUUCUGCUUGCAGAGAGAGAAGCCCAGUGUGGCAGACAGCUUUAUGGGAUGCCAGUCCCAAGUGUGUGUACAAGUUUGGCUAUUAAAAGCAAGGUAGCUGCAACAAACCCUACUUUAC